AUGAAGUGGGAAGAGGAAGGCUACACUCGCAAGGAUGAGUUUGGGAACAUGAUCUCCAUCGAGGAGUAUGAGGAAUCCCAGAGGCCGACUGGCGCAAGCCGUGUCAUGACCCGGGGAGAUCUCAAGCUAUAUGCCAUCUGCGGUGUCGGUUUCUUCCUUGACUCCUACGACCUCUUCAUCAUCAACUUGGUGACCCCAAUAUGGACCUACGAAUACUGGGGUGGUCUGGCCCAUCCACCCAAGAAGACCCCCACAUACCCUCUCCUCCUUCGCGGCGCCGUCAACGCGGCUGCCAACAUCGGCAACAUUAUUGGUCAACUCUCUUUCGGAUUCCUUGGUGAUGCCUUCGGCAGGAAAUUUGUGUAUGGGAAAGAGAUGAUCAUCAUGAUCGUUGGUGUCAUACUGGUCAUCAGCUUGCCGAAUAACUUGAAGGGUCCCACCAGGAAUAAGUUCUGGUAUCUCUUCGGCAUGAGAGUGCUGAUGGGCAUCGGUAUUGGUGGAGACUACCCAAUGUCCGCGUCGAUUGUUGCGGAACGUUCCUCGCUACGCAACCGUGGACGUAUGCUGGGCUGGAUCUUCUCGAAUCAAGGCUGGGGAACACUCGCAGGCUCAAUCGUCACGCUCAUCGUUCUCGGCUGCUUCGGCAAAGCCCUAAAGCACGGAGAGUACAACCAACUCGACGCCGUCUGGCGAAUCCAGAUUGGAGUAGCCCUGGUACCAGCCUUCGCCACUCUUUACCAGCGCCUGACCAUGCCCGAAAGCAAGAAAUACCUACAAUCUGGGGAGCUCAGCAUGCUCAAAUCGUCAUCACUCUCUUCUUCAGCCACGACCAUGGAUUACACCGGCAAGGGUGCCAAAGCGCACACCACGGAUGCUGACUCAAACGAUGUCUCGUCCCAAGACAGAAAUGCAUCAAUCGUCGAAGCCCACGUUGCGCCACCGACUCGAGACGUGCAGUUGAAGACAUUCAUGGUCUACUUCAGCGAGUGGAGACAUCUGAAGCAGCUUGUUGGCACAGCAUCAUGCUGGUUCCUUGUCGACGUCGCCUUUUACGGUCUCAAUCUCAACCAGUCCGUGCUUCUGGCUGCGAUCGGUUUCUCCAAAGGCAAAACCGAAUAUGACACGCUCCUCAAGAACGCCUAUGGAAAUCUGAUAAUCGCUGCGGCCGGCUACGUGCCUGGGUACUUCCUUACGAUCUAUUUUAUUGAGAUUCUUGGUCGUCGCUGGAUUCAGAUCCAAGGUUUCCUUGUCUGCGCGCUCAUGUUUGGUAUCAUCGCCGGCGACUAUAAUCAUCUGGGGACAGCUGGAAAAUUCGUCUGCUUCACAAUCGCCCAGAUGUUCUUCAACUUCGGUCCCAACGCCACCACCUUCAUUAUCCCCGGAGAACUCUACCCCUCCCGCGUACGCGGUUUCGCCCACGGAGUCAGUGCCGCCGUCGGGAAACUCGGUGCCAUUCUAUCCGGUGUACUGUUCAACUACCUGAGCACCAAGAUCGGCGUAGCAAACGUCCUCUGGAUCUUCUUCGCUUGCAACGUCGCAGGUGCCAUUUCCACGUUCUUCCUGGUGCCUGAGACUAAAGGUGUGGAUGCGGAUGCCUUGGAUUUCAAGGAGUGCCAGGAGAAGGUUGCAAGGAGUCACGCAAUGUAA